AAGGAAUGUAUAUCCAGACUGUAAAUUUGAAACAAUGUCAGAAUUGUAAGCAAAAUUAAAAUUGAGGUACAACAUUGGGAAAAUUCUUUUAAAAGUAGUCUCGUCAUUGAAAAGUGUAAAAUUAUAUAUUGAUAAUUUUCACUGUGAACUUUUCAAAUAUAAAAUGCACGGAUAAAUAAAUAAAUAAUCCACUCGAUAGAAUACAGAGAGGAUAUGAAAAAUUAAAAUAUAAUAUGACUAGCUAAGUGCGUUUACUUAUCAAAAACAAGAAUACAAGAUUUUGUUUUUUAUUUGGUCUACCAUAUAGUUAAUGUGUUAUGUCUUCUUUCUUAUACUUGACACAGCUAACACGUUGACAAAUAACAACACGUUUACAUCUAAUUGUGCAAACCUAUCUUUAAUCUUUGGUUUAUCUGAUCUUCGCUUUUUUUAUAGGAAAUGGUUGGAAAUUGCAGUUCAAGGCCAUGUCGUGCUAACCAAAGGUGUUAUCAAAAAGAAGGUUCACACGUGUGCAAAUUCUUAAAUUCUGACGAUUGCUUCGCCAAAAAUGUUUGGAAAUAUGCGGGGAAGAAGAAUGUCACCCGUUCGGGCUUACCAUGUGAUAGAUGGGACAAUCAUAUUGGAGAAUGGGACAUAGAUGUGCAAUAUAUCCCAGAGUCAUCGUUUACAAAGGCAGAGAAUUACUGUCGUAAUCCUUCACCUGAUGCAUAUGAUCUUUGGUGUUUCUUACCUGGGUAUUUCGAAUACGAGUAUUGCGAUAUUCCAAGAUGUUAAUAAAACAACUCUAAAAAUACAACCGCAGUACAGUUAAUUACUUUUGUAACACAAAACUUGAAAUGCUCCUGUAUAUUACAAGAAGUAAAAUUUACUACAUCAAGGACACUUAACUUAAUAAAAGAGAUAGUGUAAGACUUUAUACUGAUUUUCAUGUCUUUUUGUGUCCUCGCAUAAAAUACUUUAUAGCGGUGACAACACAAUUUUUACAUUGCAUAUUAUGUUUACUUCAAUUUAUAAUACUAUUUCUUUUACAUUUAUAUCACACAUGUGUCAUAUAACAGUGUCGUGACGUCAUUUCCGCCAGUAUAUUUCCUCCAAUAACCGGCGUACAAAAGUGCGCAUGAGACGUGACAAUAACUU